UCAUGGUCUCUGUAGACUUGUGAAAUGUAGCAUCGGCAUCUUCCCCGGCAGGCAGCGUCCGAUUCCGCAUUAUUCCCCUCGGCCCCCUGGCCGUGGUUGGUACAAAGAAGACCCCGGCCAGCCCACACCAAACCUCGCACGCGAGCUCGGUUCCAGCCUUGUAAGUCGAACGGGCAGGAUGAGCUCCGGCGGCUGCUCGACGUGCCUCGAGGUCAUCUUCGCCGUCGUCCUCCCGCCGCUCGGCGUCUUCUUCCGCUACGGCUGCUGCAGCCCGGAGUUCUUCAUCUCCCUGGUGCUGACGGUCCUCGGCUACGUCCCCGGCAUCAUCUACUCCCUCUGGGUCAUCCUCCGGACGCCGCCGGAGCCGCCGGGCAUCGACGGGGACCGGCCGUACGACAUGCUCGCCUGACGCGCUUGUACAUCUCGAUUGCCCCCUCCAGCUCGGUACUCUGGCUCGGGAACACGUAGUCUAUACAAACACGCUGCUGUAGUUGCUGUACUUCGUCGCGAUUUCUGAUGAGCUGUAGGUAGGAGGUAGUUGUUCAGAACACCAUUGAUUGCAUUUUUUCUCUCUUUUUUUUGCGUCUUUGCUCUUUCCAAAUGAUUGAUUGCUUGGAUUGGUGGCAUGCUGUGUAAUUGGUAUAGUUCGGUUGCUAAUUCUUUGAGGUAUGAAUCUGUCGACAGCAAAGGAGCUGGUAGUCCAUUUGUCGAUAAUGCAACAGUUGCUAAUUGGCAACUGAUAAGAUGCAUCGAUGUAUUCGUGUACAAACCUGGAUUAUAAAAAUGCAGUUGGAAAAGAAAUUUACGGAGUUAUGAAGUUACAAAUUCAGCUUCCAAUUUCUGAGUCUAGUGUGCAGUUUCUUAGCUUUUCUUUCAGGUGUUGACUGUUGAGUUGCUGACUUUUA